AUGAGACGUUCAAGAAAUGGCCGCCUAUCGGCCUAUAUGAAACGUUUUCUUCGAAUCCACACAAAAUCCUAACCCAUACAUACAUACAAAGUUUCUGGCUUUUCCGUACCUUGUACUCCAUUAUUCCUUCCCCCCACAAUUUUCUUCUUUUUCAUCCAAAUUUCCUACCAGAAUACACGCACAUAUAAUCUAUACAUACACACAAUUUUCUCGCUUUUCAACUCCCAGUAACUUUAGCCGCAGCCAAAGCUAAUUUUGCACUGCUUUUUCAGAAACCUGCACUGAGCUUAAACGGAAGGCUAAAAUACUUUCAAACAAACAAGGUUGAUUCUAGCACUUUCGAACUUUUAAUAAGGAAGUUGACAAUUCUGCUGAGAGAUAAGAAUGUAUGAACCGGAAUCAGAUUCUGCUAGUGGGGUUCUUAGGUUCCUUGGCAUGGAUGAACUUUUCAGUUGUAAUGGUUAUGGUGAUAGUAGUCAGCAUGCUGUUGAAAUCUGUCAUGAACAUUAUGCCAGAGAAAGUUACAAUGACACAUUGUAUGGCGGAACUGAUAAUGAUGAGGUUAUUGCACAUGCUCUCCAAGAAGAAUUGUCAGAGUUGUCAGUUACAGAAGCUGCUGAGCCUUCACAUAGGGAUACAUAUGUACAAGCCUCGACUGAUGUCCAACCUUGGUCUAGCCCAUCAAGAAAUUAUUACACUGGCCAUAGUGGUGUGUCGGAUGCCAUUGAUGAUAUGGGAUCUUCAAGCUCUUGCUCUAGUCCUGGAGAUAGAUCGUGUGAUGGGGACGAGGUUACACAUACAUUAGAAAUAAUGGAUGAGUCAGAGACUGAUGGAGAAGUUGCCAGGCGAUUGAACCAAAUGACUGCUCUAAAACACAUCCCUCGAAUAAAUAGAGAUAUACCGUCGGUAGAUGAAGCAACUUCUGAUCAUGAAAGGCUACUAAUUAGAUUACUGCAAAAUGGUCUGGUUGAGCACAAAGUUGAAGGGGAUGGCAACUGUCAGUUCCGUGCUUUAUCAGAUCAAUUCUAUCGUUCACCCGAGCAUCACAAGUUUGUCAGACAGGAAGUUGUUAAUCAGCUUAGAAGUCACCCGGAGACGUACGAGGGAUAUGUUCCCAUGGCAUAUGAUGACUACUUGACGAGGAUGUCAAAGAGUGGGGAGUGGGGUGAUCAUGUUACAUUGCAGGCUGCUGCAGACUCGUAUGGUGUAAAAAUUCUUGUCAUAACAUCAUUUAAGGACACCUGUUACCUCGAGAUUCUUCCAAAGAUACAGAAAUCAAAAAGAGUUAUUCACUUAAGCUUCUGGGCGGAGGUGCAUUACAACUCCAUCUAUCCUGAAGGAGAGUCACCUCCGAGAGAUGUGAAGAAGAAGAAGAAGAAUUGGUGGAGUUUUGGAAACAAGCAUUAGUAACAUUACAUCUUCUUUCUGGGGAAAAUUUACACAUACUUUCUGCAGCAAUUGAUUUCAGUAGUAAAGAAUAAGGUACCAAAGAAGAAUAACUGAAUAAGAAAAAGAAGAAAAGUAAGUUUACUCAUGCAAUGUACGGAUAAAAUAAACAAUUAA